CUUAAGGGUCACCAACUCUUCAAGGUCAUAUCUGAGUACGGACUUAAUUUUUAUGGCGGACGAGGUUUUUUAUGGUGAAUUAGCCAUUUUAGGGCUCAAUGGUGCUUUAGCGGACUCUGGAAAUAUCUCUCGACAUAAAUCUAAGAUUUCUCUGUUCAGACGCCCGAAAGCUAAUGGAGUUCGACCUGGACCCGUAAACAAAGUUCCCAAAGCUAAAAAUUCAGUCGCAGUAACAAACCGAAAUACACCUGCGGUGUCAUUCACUUUAUCAAGAAAUGUUACAGUAGUCGUUGAGUAUGUUCCUGAUCCUAAAGUAGACAUGUUUCAGAUUGGUCGAAGUACGGAUGAUCACAUAGAUUUUGUUAUAUCAGAGCCAAGACUUGCAGUCAAUCAUGAUCGACAAAAUUUGAAUUACACUGAUGAUAACAGUAAAAAGUCUAAAGAAUCUUCUUCCUCAUCAAAAGAUAAUAAUCGUGGGAAUUAUGAAAGUGCUGUUUCACGUUUCGCUUGUCGUAUUCACAUUGAUCGUGAACCACCGUAUACUGCUCGUCUUUAUGCUGCUGGAUUUGAUGCUUCAAAUAAUAUCUUUUUGGGUGAACGUGCUAUAAAGUGGAAAUGCGGUAAUUCUAUGGAUGGUUUAACAACAAAUGGUGUCAUGAUGUUACGCAUUCCCCCAGCGAAAAUUAUUGACCAGACGAAUCAAUCUGCAGACUAUGAUUCUAAUAUUCGAUCUCAGUGGCGUGAAGUCAGUGUUUGUGGUUCCGUUUACGAAAUGCGAAGCAAUCGAUGUAUACCAACUAAUCUGGUUAAUGAAGACAAUGUCCUCACAGAUAUGACAAUUAUAGAUCUAUGCGGGGUAACUUUGUUGUGGCGAUCCAGAUCAGGAUUGAGAUAUACUGCCUGUUCAGAAGAUCUCAUGAAAAUGAUCAAUGGAUUAAAUCAAGCACAUAUUCAAUGCCCUGUACUUUUUCGUACAUUGAAAUUACCGCUUUUACCUCAGAGUACAAAUAUCUCUCAGUGUGAUGCAAUGGGCUUUGUAAAUAACAAUGAAAAUUUAAGCAGCGAAAAUAAUCCAUCUACAGAGCAUACAGAUCAAAUUAAUCCUGAUCAAAUUCCUCAUGUGUAUGUAAGUUGUGGUCAUGUACAUGGUUGGCAUAAUUGGCGUGCAGCAAGUGAUAUAAAUAAUAGUCGUCGUACUUGCCCGCUGUGUUUACAAGCUUCAUCAUUUAUUCCAUUACGCAUGGGUAUUGAAUCGGCAUUCUAUGUUGAUCGAAGCUUAGCUACACACUGUUUCAAUCCUUGUGGACAUAUUGCAUCAGAAAAUACUGUACGUUACUGGUGUGGUUUACGUCUAUUGAAUCGACACAAUUUCGAGUUACAUGCAAGAUGUCCAUUUUGUUUAACUCCAAUACACUCAAAACCAGUUAAAUUAUUAUUUCAAAGUGAUUUAUCUGAAGAUGAAUUUUUAGAAUUACUUAAAGAACAAUUAUAUGUACGUACAUUAAAUAUGGAGAAGUAUGAAACAAUAUCACGCCGUGAAAAGAUAAACAAAUCCACCAAAAUGAUUGAUUCACAUCAAAAGUCACCUUCUCAUAUUUCAACGGAAGACAAUUAUGACGAUGAGAUUCACAAUAAUAAUGAUUUACCUAAUCAUUCCCAUCUUCCUGCUACUUCUGCUGCUCCUCCUUCUCGUCUUCAUCGAUCUCAUUCAUCAUCAUCUGAUGAUGAAUUGUUACCCUCUUCAGAAAUCGUACCAUCUGCACCGUAUCAGUUACCUAGUGAUAUUUAUUCUUCAAAUGAACUCUAUCAACAAGCAGUAGGAUUAAAUUGUACCACUAUAACCUCUAAUGAUAAUCUUUCAUCAGAUCGUGUUCAUCGCUCAAAUUGUACACCUGAUUAUUCAAAUAGUUACAGUUUAACAACUAUUUCUAAUUGAAUUCUUGUCAGCUGACUUUAUUUGAAAUCUUUCAGUCUUAUUGUUUUUCUACUUUUACCUGUAUAUUCGGAGUCCUAAAAAGUAGUGGUAAGUACAUUUUCCUUUUUUUUUUGUAAAAGAUACUGUACAUCUUACUAUUGCAUAAAUGACUAUUAAUUACUUUUCUAUAACAUUUAUGCACUAUUAACUGUCAGUGACGCAUAUUUCUCCUCACGUCUUAGAACAAGACCCAUGAAUUCCAUGUAUUGAUGGUAUAUUUCGAUCUUGCCAAAACCAGUUUUCUCUAGAGUUAAUCCUACUCUUUAAAUAGUACUGUUUGUUGAAGAAGGCAAUUUCAUCCAACCACUUAGUUCUAUGUCUGUAAACCAGAUACUGAUUCAGAACACUCAUUCCCUAUUUCAUAGGUCAACAAUCCAUGUUAUUUUCCUUGCGUUUUGUUUCGUAUCAGAUUACAAACUGUUUUUCCAGCUUCUAUCGAAGUUGACAAGACAAGUCACUUGUGACUUAUUCAGUUUGAAGCUGAAUGGUAUGCAAGUGAAGCGAAGAUGUAGUCAAUCUGAAUUGUUUCCUCAAAGUGUCCACCCGCCCUAAGAAAGCUAUCAGAUGGAUAAUUGGAAUAACUACACCAGUUACCUACUUGUUUAUAGAACUUAUCUCUACUUAAGACCCAUCUUGGAUCUAAUUAUCACAGUGGAAAUAUCUGAGAAUUAGCAACUGAGUGGGUACAAAUCUGAAGCAUCUGGGAAAUGUGAGUUUCCUGAAGGUUUCUAGUACUACUUGUGUGUUAGUGCGAAAUUCAAGACCUUCUGUUAGUCGACUUCUAUUACAAUAUGUAGAUUUACCGAAGGAACUUGAUCAGAUAAGAAUAGGAAAGGGGUAGAUUUCAUCGUUGAAUUUUUUUUUACUUUUAGACAUGUCAGUUUUACACUACAGUAUUCUUAUUGUUAGUGACAUUAGUCUGCCUUUUCUUUUGCCUUUCUUUUUUACGAGGUAAUCUGCAUCGCUCCCUAUUGAAGAAGAUACCAAAGGAGAAUCUGCGCUGUGCACCCUGCAUAUACUCAUCAUAUCUAUCCAGUUUAUUUUAUUUCUCUCCUCGUUGUAAUAUCCUACGUAAUAUCUAUGCAUUAAUUUUUGACUUUCUUUUCGUAAUAUUUUAACAUUGUUAUAUUUUUUCCAGCAUCAGUGUAUUAACUAGUGAAGCGAGUUUUGUCCUUAAGUGUUGCCUUCAUUUGACUUCCCUUUGUUGUAUCUUUUUUUCUCUCUCCAUUACAUGAUUAAUUAUAAUAUUACUUCUCGUCCUCUGUUUUAUUCAUGUAGACACAUAAAUACAUGCAUGUAUAAACACCUAAUAUUUUGUGAUUAACCUGUACAUUUAAUUAGCAAUAAUCUCUUUUAAACAAUCCUACUUAUAUUUCCCAUAUAUGCUAUAAUUGUGUAGUGCACAUCAGUCAAACAUUUAUUGUAGACUCCAAUUAUCUAACUAGUAGCACUAUUACUAGUAGUAUUGCCUGAAAUUGGCUUUUAUAAAUAAACAGUAAAACAGCUUUUCCUCGUGGUAACGUGUGUGUAGGUACAUCCUCAUCGUAUCAGUGACUAUUUUUAUGCAUCCACACUUUCUUUUUACUGUUACUUGUUUAUUUAUUAGUACGAUGUGAAAUUCAUUAUUCCCAUGUCUUAUUUUUACCAUGCUUUUCUGUUUCCAGUGUUACGUCAUCUAUUAGGUAGGAUGAAUUGUGAUCCUGUUUUCAUUUGUCGAUCCCCUGUCGAAUAAACAGGAAUAUAUAUAUGUAUAUAUAUAUAUAUAUAUAUAUAUAAAUCUUGACAACAAAAGGACAUUCGUUUACGCCCUCAUUACACGCUCAAGUUCCGAAACGCACUCUCUGACCAAAUUCAACAGUAUGGAUAUUUUUCUUCAGUCUUUCUGCAGCAUUUUUGUUGUUGGCAUAAGUCGGCCUAAUGUCACGGCCCAUUUCUUCAAUAACUUGCAGCAUACCUGUUCAAAUCGUCCAUUUGUGGCAUCAUUGGAUAAUUGACAGGAAUGUUGGUAUUUUGUGUCGUCCUCUUUCCUCUGCACGCCAGGGUGAGGAUAUACAUCAUCGCGUUUUAAAUUUUAUCUACUAAUAUAUUGAUGCCUAAAUGCAUAUCUUUCUUUCUAUGUAUAAUAUGCAUGAUUUACCUGUACGAGAAUUACGCGUUAAAAUACACUAACUUAACUGACUUAA